AUGGGAGGUAGGGCACCUAAGACAAUUAUAACAGAUCAAGAUAAAGCUAUGUCAAAUGCAAUUGGAAAGGUUUUUCCUAAUACUAGUCAUCGUUUAUGCUUGUGGCACAUUGCAAAAAAUGCUCCAUCUCACUUGGGUAGCUUGAACUCAAAUGAUGAAUUUCAGAGAUUAUUUCACAAAUGCUUACAAGGAUGUGAGUUUGAAGUAGAGUUUCAGCAAACAUGGGAUGAAAUGAUGGAUAAGUUUGAUCUUCGGGAGCAUUCUUGGCUACAAAGGUUGUACGGUGAUCGACAAAAAUGGUGCACGGGUUUGAACAGAGAUUUCUUUUCAGCUGAAAUCAAAGCUUCCCAACGCAGUGAAAGCACCAAUCAUGUACUCAAUGGUUUAUCAAACAAAACAACAUCUUUAAGUAAAUUUGUGCUUGCUUUUGAGAAUCAUGUAGCCGAUUGGCGUUCAGCUGAGGCGUCAUUAGAUUUUGAUUGCAAACAAGGAGUGCCUUGUUGUGUAGUCAAAACUAGUUCUAUCUUGAAUCAUGCUGCCCAUAUCUAUACAAUAAGAAUUUUCAAGAUGUUUGAGCAAGAAUUUCUUAAUAGUGUUGCGACAACUUCAGAAGAAAUUUCUUAUUGCAAUAAUACUUGCACUUAUAAAGUGACAGGGCAACAUAAAAAUUCAAGAACACGAAUUGUUCAGUUCAAUAUGGAAACUUUGGAAAUUAAUUGCAGCUGUAAAAAGUUUGAAGCCAUGGGAAUCUUAUGCUCACAUGCUCUACGAGUUUAUAUUAUCAGGAAUAUGGAGAAAAUUCCUGAAAAAUAUAUACUAAAUAGGUGGAGUAGAGAUGCAAAAAGUAGAUUGUUUGAUUUUAAGGAAGUAGAAUCUCCUGCUCAUUCAGCCAUUGAGUCAGAGACCAUGUUUCGAAAUUCUAUGGUUCGAAGUGCAUAUAGCCUUAUACUAAAAAGUCAAGGAAAUGAGGCUACAAGACAAGCUUGUCGUGAUCUUUUAUGUAAGGCUAAUGCACAAAUAGAGAGCAAAAGAAAGUAA